AUGUCGCCAGUUCUGCAUCUUCUGUGGGUUGCUUUAUUGUGUCUUAUUUCAGGUAUGCUGGCGGUCCCAGUCCUUAAUCAGACCCCAGUGUCCGGUCCUGUCUCUGCGGGACAGACUGCCCGCUUAGAGUCCCGAAUACAGAACGGAAGCGUUGGAAGUUGCGAUUUUGGUUGGGACCGACAUCGUCCCGGGAAGAGGCCGGAGGGGCUGAUAGGCCAUACCACGGGUAAUAACAUUUACAGAGGACCCGGCAUCACCGAACGUUUCCAACCGUCCAGAGACACCUCCGCCAACAGUCACAUCCUGACCAUCUGCAACUUGGAGCCCGGCGACUCGGCCGUCUAUUACUGCAGAGUGUGGGAAAGUGGCGUGGCUUGGUUCUAUGGACCGGGGACGAUCCUGGAGAUAAAGAGUAGCGAGAGCAGAAAGCCCUCGGUCCUCCUGCUCCCUCCCUCCCCGGAGGAGACCGGUUCGGGUUCUGCCACUCUUUUCUGCCUCGUGAGCGGCUUUAAGCCUGGAUUGGUCGCGCUGCGCUGGAGCGUGGAUGGCGUCGAGACGGACAGUGGCGUGACGGCAGGCGCCGUGUCCCUGGACACCGACCAGACCUACAGGCUGAGCAGUUACCUGCGGGUACUCACCGCUGCCUGGAACAAGGGCUCGAACUAUUCCUGCAGCGUGAGUCACAGCUCGCUGAGCUCGCCGCUGCGCAAAACCAUCUCUUCAUCCGCCUGUUCGCAGCCAUCGCUGGAGCUGACUUCAGUCCAGAUUAUAGCAGCGAGGCCCGAAAGCAGAAAACGAAUCGGUAUUCAAUGUCAUCUGCAUGCGUUUGGCACGUCUCCCCCUCUUCGCGCUGCUAUCAUUGGUCGAGAGGUGCAGAAGACUUCGGAUCCACGCUGCAGCUUUUACCACGCUGUCGUCGGGAUCCUGGAUCAGCUUCACUCGGCGCAGCGCUGA